AUGAGAGAAGAAUAUUCACCACAACUCAUGAAUGCUGCUCCUAACUGCUGUUAUCACAACAGCCUUUCACUCUUCCCUUCCAUGACGACGACCGAAACGAACAAGUAUUCAUUAUUCAUUCCAAAAUCAUCCAAAACCUCUCCUCACAGAUAUUCUUCACUCCACAAUAAUUAUUCUCUCCUCUUGUUCAUUAUUUCAUUUCUUCUUUUAUUCUUCUUUUUGUUGAGUUUUAUCCAAAAUAAUGAUGAUCAUCAUUCAUCAUCAUCAUCCCUAUCGGAACGAACUUGUCCAUCGUUUUUCUUCAUCCAUGCAGCAGAAUCAUCAUCCAAUUCCUGGUUUUCAAGACUAACGAAUACUUCAACAUCAACAAACACAUGGAGUACCUCUUUCUAUGACUUGUUCCAAACUCUCUUGUCCAUUCUCGCACAAUGUUUCCUCUCUCUCUAUGAAUAUCUACUCGUUGCCUAUCAAAAUCUCCUCUUACCCUUGUUUCAUCAAUAUCAUGGUUUCGGAGCAACCUUAUGGUCAUUCUCAUCAUCAUUAUUGAAAAACAUCACUCAUCAUCAUUGGUCAUUGGCUCUCUAUGCUCUUUCUCUCAUGAUUGUACUCGCGCUCGUGAAGAUGUGUUACUCACUCAUUCAACGAAAAUACAAGGAACGUGCGAGUGAAAAUGAGAAACGUGAAACGAUGCGAAAACAACGAUUGGCCACUCUCUAUGAAAUACUUGUGAGUGAGAGACAAUAUUGUGAAUAUUUGAAAGUAUUGUAUGAACAGUAUUAUUUACCAUUGGAGAAGGGAGAGACGUCGUAUCAGUUGGAAAUUACACGUAGUACUAGUACUCACACUAGUACUGUGAAAACCACAACAACCACGAGUUCAUUGAAUCAUCAUAGUAAUAAUCAUAAUAGCAAUAAUAAUAAUCAUCCUAGUGGAUCUACAACGAUGUCAACAACAACAACCACAACAACCACAACAACUGCAUCUUCAAAUGGAACGAAAACCAAGUAUAUGGAUUCACAAGAAGAAGAAGAAGGACAAGAAUCAAAAACCACAGCAGAGCGUUCCAUUAUUGAUUUCAAAUCCAUUCACACUCUCAAAGAUAGUACCAUGGUGCUCAUUCCUCCUGAACUUGAAAAUAUUUACAAAUUGAAUCAGGAAUUGUUAAAAUGUUUGGAAAGUGAAAUUUUAGGAUGGCAUGCCAAAGAUCGAUUUUUAUACAAUGUCUAUCGAUAUAGCAUGAAUGUGAUUGGAAGUUUAUUUAACAAGUCAACAAACAAUGCUUCUAGUAGUAGUAAUGGUAGCCAUAGUGGAAGUGGUAAUAUUCAUGGUGUCAAUACGAGUAAUGGAUCACUUUCGAGUUUAUUAUUAACAUCUUCAUCAUCAUAUAGUGAGAGCAUUCCAACGAGUCGACCAUUACCGAUACCACCAGGUACGAGAUCACCUGCUCGUCACAUCCGUACUGGAUCAUCAUCUUCUGGUGACUUGAUGACCAAUAAUGGUGCUGUUGAAAAUUUUGGAUAUGAUUUGAAACAAGUGCGUGAAGAUUGCAACAUUGCUGAAAAAUGUUUCAACAAGUUUAUGCACGCAUUCACUAUGUAUGCCUUUUACAUUUCAAAAUUUAAUCAAUGUCGAAUGAAUGUCAAUGAAUUGAGUAAUCAAUAUCCAGAAUUUCAAACAAAUUUGAGAUUGGCAAAAACUCAGUUGAAACCUGCAAAUUCACUGGAUUUGGCAUCGCUUUCAGUCAUGAUUCCUCAGAGAUUACCUCGUUAUGUUCUAUUAAUGAAACAACUUGCUAAAUGCACCAAUUUAAACGAGUCACCUCAUCAAUUUAAAGAAAUUGAACAAUGUGUGAAAGAAUUGGAAAAGAUUACAUUCAAAGUGAAUGCAUUUGUGAAGGAAUAUCAAUCACAAAUGUUAGUAGUGAACUUGCAAGAAGAGCUCAAUAAGAAAGUGCCAUUAUUUAAGCAAGAACAACAAGAUGGACUCAUUCCCUAUGUGGUUCAACCUUAUCGCAAAGUGAUUGGAUCAUUCAAAGUCACACCUUUGGUGAUUAACAGUGGAAGUGACAAUGACGGAUCAGCUUCACCAAGCAGUAAUAGUGGUUUGUUGACUCCUCGAACUGGUUCAUCCUCUGUGACAUCCAUUCCAUCGAUGGAAAUUCAUGUGUUGAAUGAUGUCUUGAUUGUGGUUGCUUCAAAAACAAAAACCAUUCUCAAACCAAAGAAUGAAGUCGAUUCGAGUGCCGUUGGGAAUUUUUUGAAAUUAUUGACACCUCGUAAGAAGGACAAACAUGUCAUUUCUUCUCCGUCAGAUAUUGCGAGGAAUGAAAUUGUCGAUACUAGACAUGUCUAUGAAAUUUACUAUUGUGACAAUCAUAAUGUCUCUCUUCAUACUUCACAGAAAGUACCACUUUUACCUAUUCAUAAUGCUGUUUCCACUACGACUAGUACCCCUACUUCUAAGAAUUCAACACCUUCUUCAAGACGAUCAUCAUCAGCAAGUGAUAGCAGUGACGGUGGAGGUGCCACUGGCAAUCACAACACUCUAAUUUUGGAACUAAGCAAAUGUAAAUACUAUUCUUUCGCUAGUAAGAGUCAAACAAAGAAAGAAGAACAGCAAUCAAGACAAUUGACCAAGAUGAUCCAUUUAGACAAGACUCACGAAAUGACACAACUCUUUGUGCAAUGUUUUGAAAAAUUAGAACGACCAAAUACUGUGUUCAAAAUGUCAGAGGAUGAGGAAGGAGAGAAUUUAAUUUCCAAUUCCAAAUUACUCACUUUAUUGACUCCAGAAAAUUUAGUAUUGACAGCCUUGAACUCGAACAAGUAA